AUGUCCACUAGAAAGAGAAGACAGGAUUUCGUCGAGCAAGAGGAAUUGCAAGCUCUGCCUAGCGACGAAAGCGAAGAAGAAGAGGAGUACGAGGAAUCAGAAUUUGAAGAAGAAGCCGGCUCCGACGAGGAAGAAGAGGAGGGAGUGUCGGAGGAGGAGGAGGAGCCUGAAGAGAAGCCUGAACCACGUCCUAAACGACGCCGAACGGGACCGGCUCCUCAGGAAGAAGAAGAACCAGAACUAGAAGAGGAAGAGGUCCAAGUUGAAGAAACAAAUGGCAAACAUCAAGAAGAAGGCGAAGAAGAUGGAGAGGGUGAAGAGGUAGAGGAGGAAGACGAUGAUGACAAGCCUUUACCGUCCGCUAAGCACGCAGAAGGUGCAAAGAAAUCGGGUGCUCCUAUGGCAAAUGCACAACAAGAAAUUGUUAGUGAGGAAGAGGAUUAA